GCUCCUGCAAUCCAUCGUGGUCGCCAGCCUCGCCCGGCACAUUUGCAUCUCAAUCCCCCCCCCUGCCGCCAAUGUCGUCUUCAGGAAACACCGUCGGGGCCUUUCCGGAUGCGGCCCCGGAUGCGCCCCCGGAAGAGCAGCCCACUGCGGCCUCGUCCUCAACCUCGUAUUCGUUCUCACAGUCAACGCUGCGAGAGCGCCAUGUGCCUCUGCGCGAGGACAUCAGCGCACGACGAAUGCAGUAUUUCACCAAAAUCACCCGAGGAGAGAGCGCUGCAGCUCCAUCGGAGAUACCAGCGGAGGACCGUGUCCCUCCACCGACGCCUUCUAUCCACCCAGACUCAGCAGCCACAACCCACGAGCCCACUCCCUCCUCCCAGCCCCAGGAUCAAGCGCCGACUCCCACCGCAACCAACCCCGCCGGCACCUCAUCGAAGGCAUCUCAGCCUCCAUCCGAAGAUCCUCAAGGCUCCUCAUUCGAAUGCAAUAUUUGCCUUGACAUGGCCUCGGAUCCGGUUAUCACCCUGUGCGGGCAUCUGUUUUGCUGGCCAUGCAUACAUCGUUGGAUCGAGGCCAAGCUGCCGGCCUCCAACACUUGUCCCGUAUGCAAGGCCGGGCUCACAAAGGAGGGCCUGAUUCCGAUUUACACGAAGGGACGCAAGCAUCCACGGGACGAGCCCGAGCCGAGCAUCCCUAAUCGACCAUCAGGACAGCGGCCCGAGCCCCCGCCGCCCGAGAACCCCAAUCCAUUUGGAUUCAUGGGCGACUUUCCGCUUUUCAAUGGACUGGGAUUCGGGAUGAUGCCUGGCGUUGGCGCCUUCCAAGUUGGCAACACCACAAUCAACUUUGGGCUUGGAUUUGGGCUGAUUCCCUCGCUCAUAGGCUUGUCAAUUGCGCUUAUAUCGCAGUUCCAGAACAGAAACCAGCCAAACAACGCACCGACCGCUCAGGACCAACAGCUGUUCGUGUCGCGAAUAAUCUGGCUGUUUGGCCUCCUGGCGUUCAUCUAUAUUCUGUUUUCUUAGAAUGACCCGGCAGCACACAAGCCGAUAUGUUUUUGCGCGCAGAAGGCUCUGUAGGAGGAAAUGGCGGCGAUGUAUGAUUGAUGCGAUGAAUAGGAUACACGUACAUCUGCGU